GCUGACUGAGGCUGAGGCAUAUAUACUCAGGCAGGGGGGAGAUCUCACUGAUCUAAUAUUCCCAGUGGGCGGAGCUUUUUUUUGCAAUGGCGGAGUGCAUGCAAGAGUGGCCGGAGCCCGUGGUCCGCGUGCAGGCGCUCGCCGAGAGCGGCCUGGCCGCCAUCCCGCGCUGCUACGUCAAGCCGCCGUGCGACCGCCCCGCGGCGCACGAGCUGGUGGCGGAGGCGGCAGCCGACGCCGUCGACGAAGACGACGUGGUCGUCGUCCACGACGCCUCCUCGGGCAACAUCAGCAUUCCGGUCGUCGACCUCGGCGGCGACGAGGGCGGUCUCACGGAGGCCGUCGCGGCGGCGUGCCGGGACUGGGGCUUCUUCCAGGUGGUGAACCACGGGGUGCGGCCGGAGCUGAUGCGCGCGGCGCGGGAGGCGUGGCGCGGCUUCUUCCGCCUGCCGCUCCCGGCGAAGCAGCGCUACUCCAACUCGCCGCGGACGUACGAGGGGUACGGGAGCCGGCUCGGCGUCGAGAAGAACGCCAUCCUCGACUGGGGAGACUACUACUUCCUCCACCUCUCGCCGGAGGCCGCCAAGAGCCCGGCCAUGUACUGGCCGGACAAUCCUAGCAUCUGCAAGGAGGUGUCGGAGGAGUAUGGGGGAGAGGUGGUCGGGGUGUGCGAGCGGGUGAUGAGGUUGCUGUCAGCGAGCCUGGGGCUGGAGGAGACGCGGUUCCAGGAGGCGUUCGGUGGGGCGGAGUGCGGCGCGUGCCUGCGCGCCAACUACUACCCGCGUUGCCCGCAGCCCGACCUCACGCUGGGCCUCUCCGCGCACUCCGACCCCGGCGUCCUCACCGUCCUCCUCGCCGACGACCACGUCCGCGGCCUCCAGGUGCGCCGCCGCGACGGCCACUGGGUCACCGUGCAGCCCCUCCCCGACGCCUUCAUCGUCAACGUCGGCGACCAGAUUCAGAUAUUGAGCAACUCGAUGUACAAGAGCGUGGAGCACCGGGUGAUCGUGAACGCCGAGGAGGAGCGCAUCUCGCUCGCACUCUUCUACAACCCGAGAGGCGACAUUCCGGUGGCGCCGGCGCCGGAGCUGGUGACGCCGGAGCGGCCGUCUCUCUACCCUCCGAUGACCUUCGACGAGUACAGGGUGUACGUCAGGAAGAAUGGCCCCAAGGGCAAGGCACAGCUCGAGGCUCUCAAGGGCCAGUCCGUCACCGAAAACUGCCAAUAAUUAACAGCUGAUUAACUACACGGCCGGAUCGAUCCAACAACGGUGACGUCAGUGCUAUAUAUGUCAAUCGAUCGAUCAGAUGAGAUCGAAACUAGCAGCUAGCAGGCAUGCAGCUCCCAUGUAUAAUCUCGUUGGAAUAACGUAUGCAUGAAUGUGUAGUACAUGGCCUACUUAAUUUACAGUAUUACACAUGUGUAGUUAGGCCUUUAUUAUAAUUAAGUGUGCUCAUACAUAUUGUGCAUGCAUGGCUGCUCACUGCUCAGUACUAUCUGGAUAGUACAUGCAUUCCCAAUCAUGUACUAAUUUAGGGAUGUGAUAUAUGCUAAUUAAGUGGCAUCUUGUACCAUAUUCAAGCAAGAAUUUUAUUUUGAUGCGCCA